AAGUCUUAACCUUUCCUAUCCAGUAAAGACUUCCUUUCCAAGCAAAAGACAUGGCCGAUACUUACUGCUAUCCUCAUCCUUAUCUUCUUCCUCUGCUACUCUCCUUCCUCUCCUCGGCCUUCUUCGUUGAUUCACUUUACAUUAAGAAGUCUGGAUUCGGCUCUACUGAUGCCGACAUACUCUACUUGGGAUCUGCAGGAUCUCGGGCUGGUGCUGUUCCAUUCAACAUGAAUGACAAAUAUACUUGUCAAGUAGGAUGGGUCAUCUAUGCCAGAAGGGUCAAACUUUGGGACUCAAAUACUGGACGCAUCGCUGACUUCACCUCUCACUACUCCUUCACUAUAGACACUCAAGGCCUAUAUAACACCACAACAGGUCUAUCACCCGAGAGCCAGAUUGUUCACGUGGAGUUUGACUCUUACGCAAACACUGAAUGGGGUGAGACAACGGAACAUGUGGGAAUCAACAACAAUACUGUUGUUUCAUCAGUAUCUACGUAUUGGAAUGCUACUCUGCACAGUGAUGACCCUGCAGACGUGUGGAUUACCUACAACUCUACGUCGAAAAACUUGAGUGUAUCGUGGAAAUACCAGAAGACACAUAGUCCUCGAGAGAACACUAGUCUUUCUUAUCUAAUUGAUUUAUCCAAGGCACUGCCUGAAUGGGUUACAGUUGGAUUUUCUGCAGCAACUGGAGCGUAUGGAGAACUUAAUACUCUUCUCUCUUGGGAGUUCAACUCAACUUUGGAUGACACAGAACAGAACGAAAACAAGACAACACUUCCGGUGAUUCUGAGUACCGUUUUAGGAAGUGUUGUUUUGAUUGUUGGAGGAGCAAUUGUAGCAUAUGCAUUACUUUGGAGGAGGAAGAAAACGAGAAUAAAAAAGGAAGAAGGUGUGAACUUGACAUCGAUGGAUGAUGACCUUGAAAGAGGAGCAGGACCGAGGAGGUUCUCCCGCAGAGAGCUCACUAAAGCUACCAACAAUUUCUCUGAAGAUAGGAAACUGGGUCAAGGUGGGUUUGGAGCUGUUUACCGAGGUUAUUUUCCUGACAUAGAUUUAACAGUUGCAGUGAAGAAGAUAUCAAGAGGAUCAAGGCAAGGGAAAAGAGAGUACGUAACUGAGGUCAGGGUCAUUAGUCAGCUAAGACACAGGAAUCUUGUGCAGCUCAUCGGUUGGUGUCAUGAAGGAGGCGAGUUCCUACUUGUUUAUGAGUUCAUGCCAAAUGGCAGCCUUGAUGCUCACUUGUCAGGGAAGAAGCCUCCUCUUCCAUGGAACGUGAGGCACAGGAUAGCGUUGGGAUUGGCCUCAGGAAUUCUCUACCUUCAUGAAGAAUGGCAGCAGUGUGUGGUUCACAGAGAUAUCAAAUCCAGCAAUAUAAUGCUAGAUUCCAGUUUCAAUGUAAAACUCGGAGACUUUGGGCUGGCCAAGCUCAUGGAACACGAUUUGGGACCCCAGACAACAGGAUUGGCAGGCACCGUAGGCUAUAUGGCUCCAGAAUAUGUGAGUACAGGUAGGGCUAGUAAGGAGUCAGAUAUCUAUAGUUUUGGAGUAGUUGCUUUAGAAAUUGCCACAGGAAGAAAGGCAAAUGAUCUUAUGACAGAUGGAUAUGGAGAAAUAGGAUUGAUUGAGUGGGUCUGGGAUCAUUAUGGAAGAGGAGAGCUAGCUUUGGCCAUGGAUAAAAAUUUUCAAAAGGACUAUAAUGAGAGAGAAGUGGAGUGUCUUAUGACUGUAGGGUUGUGGUGUGUCCACCCAGAUAAAAAUUUGAGGCCAUCAAUUAGACAAGCAAUUCAGGUGUUAUGUUUUGAGGUUGCCAUGCCAGAUCUUCCCCUGAAGAAGCCUGUUCCCAUGUAUUGUGGUCCCACAUCAGAAAUUACCUCUGAAGCAGCUUCCUUAUCCUCAACCCUUCAAACAGGUCGUUAAUUAUAUUUUGGAUUGGUAAAUACUCUUUUGAUUGUAUAUAGGCUUGGUCAAAACUGUGGUUCUAUGUAUAUUUUGCUGUUUAGGUUGUUAUAAUUAAUAUCUUGAAAGUUGUGAUAA